UGGUUGGACGAAUCGACUAAAAAUAAAUCGCUAAACAAAUUGAAUGCAAUUAAACAAAACAUUGGUUUUCCUGAUUGGCUGUUAAACAAUGAAGAACUCGAUAACUAUUAUAAUUUGAAACAAAAAGUGGAUCCAAAGAAGUCGUUUGAAGGCUUGCUUUAUAUACAGAAUAUUCUUGUUUUGCGUGAAUUUAAGUCCAUUAGAGAAGCUGUAAAUUUGACCCUCAGUUGGCCAAUGCCUCCGGCUAUUGUGAACGCCGCCUACGAGCCCACACAGAACUCAAUCACAAUUCCGGCCGGAAUUCUUAAACUCCCAUUUUUUGAUAGUCAAAGACCGGCGUAUCUAAACUACGGGGCCAUCGGUUUGGUUGUCGGACACGAAAUGACCCAUGGAUUUGAUGACGAGGGUAUG